AGAUGUUGCUACGACCGGUUGGAGAGAGUUUUGAAACCAAUUUAGUGGGAUGUCACUUUGUCCUGUCAUAAUAAAUCAGUAUGGACUCUCAAAAUAAAGUGUUUUGGGAAGAAUUUAUAGGAAUAUAUAGAGAACAAGUGUUUAUGGGAUGUCAAAUCAAAAUAUUACUCCAAUAAAAUAAAACGGAACGGAAGCUAUGAAAUUCUUUUAAAAAAACUGCAAGAAAUGAAUGAAAAUGCUACACUGGACAUUCUGAAAAAAAAAAUUAAUAAUAAGCGAACAGCAUUUAGACGUGAACUGAAAAAGGUCCAGGAUUAUAUGGGAACGGGUACUGGAACCGAUGAUAUUUGUGAAUCAAGUCUGUGGUAUUUUGAUCUUUUGCUUUUUACAUCUCAAAGUGAAAGAGGACGGAAAGGUAUAUCAAAUGUUAAUGGAAGUGAACAUAACAAUAUGGAGCAAUUACAGUCGAUGUGGGAUAAUGCAGAGGAGAGCCAGGAUACGUCAGUUUUUUUGCCUAAAACGCCACCUAGUUGCUUAGAAGGCUCUAGCCCACAGGAACAAGAUCUUUUGGUUAUACCACAAACAAACAGGUCUACUUCUCAAAGUUAUACAUCUUCUAGUUCAGUAUCGCAAAAACCUAGAAAGUCAGGAAAAAGUGUUUUGGAAAAGAAAAAAGUAGCUUUAAUGGAUUUAGCCCAUAAAACGUUAUCAGGUGGAGAUGACGACGAAUUUGAUAUCACAUGGAAACGAAUAGCUUGUCAGCUAAGAGGAAUGAACGAGCGUCAAAGAUUGAUAGCCGAAAAAUUGGUAUCAGACGUAAUGUUUCAUGGGCGAAUGGGCAACCUACCAGAAGAUGCCUCGAUAAGCUUACCGAGUAAAAGACUACAUUAUUCAUAUGACAGCUACAAUAUUACAUUUCGUCCGAUACACCCAUUUUCUCCAGACCAUGAACCUACACACAGAAAUGGGCAACAGCUCCAAAACCCAGAAAUACGAACAGAUUUGUCACCCUACCUACAGUUUAACUAAGUUUUUUUCUGGUUACAUACCAUAACAUUUCAUUUAGUUAUGUGGUUAGUUUCUAGUUUUUUUAAUGUGCGAGCGACAUUUAUGUUAAUUUUACAAAUAAAGUUAUUCUAGUAAAUGUUAGGUAUUC